AUGAUACAGACCAAUCAGACCACAGUAAAGGAAUUUAUUUUUUUGGCCUUUUCCAGCUUCCACAAAUUCCAGAUCUUUCUCUUUAUUGUCAUCUAUCUGGCAUAUAUUGCAUGCCUCAGUGGGAAUGUUUUUAUUAUUAUUUUGAUCAGGGUAAAACCUUCACUUCAAACUCCAAUGUAUUAUUUUAUCAGUACACUGUCUACAUUAGAAAUCUUUUUUGUCUCUGCGAUCAUUCCAAAGCUGCUAGCUAAUCUUAUUGAGGCCGACAAUACCAUCUCUUUUGCUGGAUGCUUCACACAGUUGUUUGUCUCUGAUAGCUUGGGGGCUACAGAAUGUUUUCUUUUAGCAGUUAUGGCCUUUGAUCGAGACUUAGCUAUCAACAACCCUUUGCAUUACAAAGUCAUCAUGACUCAAAAUAUCUGUUUUGGACUCGCUGCACUCCCAUGGGCUCUUGGCUUUAUUACUGUGUUAAUUCCUACAAUUUACACCGCAAGUUUGAAAUUCUGUGGCCCUAAUGAAAUCAACCAUUUUUAUUGUUAUUUAGCUCCGAUGCAAAAUUUGAUUUGCUCCAAUCAAUUCACCAGCAAACUUAUUACAAACUCGGCUGCUAUUUUUGCCACUUUUUUCCCGUUCAUCCUAAUCUUGGGAUUCUACGUCCAUAUCAUUUUUGCCAUCUUAAAAAUGAAAGGUGCAAAAAGUAAACAGAAAGCCUUUUCCACCUGUUCUGCACAUCUCAUUGUAGUUUGUCUCAUUUACUUUGCAGCAUUUGUUGUCUAUCUCGGCCCAAAGAAUGGGCACUAUGGAAAGUUCUUUGCACUUCUGUACACUGUGGUCACUCCUGUUCUGAAUCCAUUCAUUUAUACUUUUAGAAACAAAGAUGUUAAAGCAGCAGUUUGGAAACUUUCUGAAGUUCAUAUGGGAUUCUGA